AUGGCAAAAGUAAUUUGUGUAAUGGAGGAAAAUAAACCUGCUUCUCAAUUAUUAUUGCCAAUUACUGAUGAUUAUUCAAUUUCGACGGGAUUCUUAAAUAAAUAUUUUCCUAAUGGAUUAGGUUUAAAGUUUAAAACUACGCAUCCAGAUAUAUAUCAAGCUGUUGUUUUUGAUAUCGAACAUGAAAAAUUUAUAAUUGGAGAAGAAAAUUUUAAAUUGAAUUAUGUCUAUGUUGUUCAUCGUAUAAAUAAUGAUACUGUUCAAACAACAACUACACAAACACCUGAUCGUUUCGAUACGCCACCAUUAAGACCACGCAGACGCUUUAUUAAUUACUGUAAAAUGUUUUUUUUUGCAUGGUAUCCUUCUAAUAGCAUAUCCUACGAAAAACUCCGAUAA